AUGCUGACCAACUUGCUGCUCCCGCUGCAUCUCACCAAAGAGCAGCAAAAGCUUGUCUAUGCCAAGGCGAACAGGGCAAAACUCGACGCAGAUCCCAUUGAAAUCACCCUGGGCGACGUCACUCUGCCCCUAGAACACAUUGACCGCAACCGUCUUCCCGACCGCUUCCAGUCUAUCCGCAACAUACUGCGGCUGAGUGAGACACGCGAGGACUGGGAGAACGUGGUCAAACUGCUCGAAGGCGCCGAGAAUGCGGGUCUUCACAUGAAGCCCCACUGGCAUGAAAUGGUUGUCAGGCGCCUCAAUCUCGCCGGCAUGCAGCAUCUGGUCUUCAAGGCCCUCCAACGCGUCAAGGCUACUGGCUUGCGCCUGAGCGACCACGGUCUCCUCAUGCAAGUGCUUCGAGGUCUCCACGACAAGGCUGCCCUGGCUGAUUGGCAACAAGAAGAGACGACCAAAGCGCUGCGCAUGGCCAGACAGGUCACGGAGCUUAUGGAGGACGAGGAGCAUCACGGCGGGCGCACUAGGGAAGCUACUUUCUCCAACAUGGACCACAGGCGUGAUCCUAUCCUCAUUGCCCUACCCACCGAGUUGGCUGCUGUACUUGCCCAACGGCAUGGAGGCGACGUAGAUCAAGUGAAGAAGCUCGCCAAUCGGCUUGUGACCGCGCUGAAGCAAAGCGAUUACGCGACCCAAUUGAACAGCAUAGCCAAACGCCUCGGUCCGUCCUCUAGCGGGACCGCCUACCCAAACCGAGUAGAGGAAUUUUUUCUCAACUCCCGAAUCUUGUUACAGCUAAUCAUUGUUUGGAAUGCCCUGAGAACAUCACAAACUGUGCUUGGUACCGACAUGCCCAUGGCCGAUGAAGCCAAGGCCUUCGAAACAAGGCUUGAGCAACUUAUAGACGAAGGCAUGAAAGCUUUGCCUAGGUCGACAACGGAGUCAGGAAAAUCUCGGAACAAUGAGGUUUUUGGCUAUCUACAGGAUGCAAUAGAGCGGUGUCAGCGGGGAUGA